AUGGAUGUCGAAGAGAAACUACUGAAAUCGUUUAAGGAGAUGAUGAAAAAAAGUGUAAAGCAUCAAGGGGGGAAGGAACAAAACGGCAUUUCCGACUUUCCAAAAUGGGAAAACAAUUUUUCAUGCGAUGAGUACUCAGUCAAGGAUGUGGUACGUCAUGCCAGAGGAGGGGGGAGAGGAGGAGAAGGUGGAGAGACAGGUAAGUAUAAGGAUGUAUUUAACACCUUUGAAAAUGACAUAAAUUACUACUUAGGUGAAUAUGUCGAAGAAAUUAUAUGCUCUUCGGUCACGGGUAGGAAGGAUAAUGGCUUCCCUCGAUGGGAGGAAGAAACGUUGAGGAGACCGUCGGACGUAAUUUUUAAGCACUUGAUCUAUGGCAGUUUGUUGGGCGAAAAUUUGAGGCGUUAUGAAUGCAGCUCGAGAAGUGUGAACGAGCUUUUUAGCGAUUCGUUCAAA